AAAGUACAAUUAACACAAAAUGGACAUUUUUCCAAAAUUUUCACUUUCUUUAAUACUUAUUUUUUCAUUAGUUUCAGUUGAAACGCAAGUUGUCUAUAGACGACACAAUACAGUCUGCAACGAACGCCGUUCCACUAUAAGUUGUCGCUGGGGUCAAACGCUAAAGAUUCUAUCAGCUGUUUAUGGUAGAUCACAAGUUUGGACUUGUAGACCACGAAACAAAAAACAAGUAAUGUGUCGUUUAAAUGUACUUAGACAAGUUCAAGACAUGUGCCAACAGAAAAAGUCUUGCAGAUUAUAUGCUUCAAAUCGAGUGUUUAAUAAACCAUGUUCUGGUACUGAGAAAUAUCUGAGAAUUAAAUACCAAUGUCUCAAAGGACAGCCCAUUAUAAAGAACGCGUGUUCACAGACUCCCUGUAAGAAUGGAGGUGUAUGUAAAAGUUCAGGUACCACUUUUUCCUGUAUUUGUCGAAGUGGAUUUACUGGGAAAAAAUGUGAAAUAAAUAUUAACGAAUGUAAAUCAAACCCUUGCAAGAACAAAGGGAGGUGUGUUGACAUGGCAAAUAAAUAUAAAUGUGUAUGUAAACCUGGGUAUACAGGUCGUGACUGUGAAGUAGCUAUUAACGAAUGCAAAUCAAACCCUUGUCAGAAUGGUGGAAACUGCGUGGAUGGGAUCAAUCGAUAUACAUGUGUUUGUAAACAAGGGUUUACAGGAACUCAUUGUAAAACAGAAAUCAAUGCGUGCAAAUCAUCUCCAUGUAAGAAUAAUGGUAUAUGCCAGCAGGUUGGAUUAGGCUACAAGUGCAAAUGCAAAUCAGAUUACACAGGUGAUCGAUGCCAAACAAAACGUGCAUGUGCCUCUAAUCCGUGCAAGAAUAACGGUAAAUGUACAGACAUACCAAAUGGAUGUAUAUGUACAUGUCGACCUGGGUACAAAGGAAAAUAUUGUCAGACAGAUAUAAACGAAUGUUCCCCCUCACCUUGUCAAAAUGGAGCAACAUGUGUAGACAAGGUCGAUGGUUAUCUCUGUCGGUGUACUCCAGGAUACUCAGGAGUUAAUUGUCAUAUAGAUGUAGACGAAUGUCUCUCUAUGCCUUGUUUGAAUAACGGUAAAUGUCAAGAUGAUGCAAACGCCUACCAAUGUGUUUGUCUGCGUGGAUACAGUGGACCUACAUGCGCAAAAAAGGGUAAUGAUUUACAGCUGUAA